AUGGCAGCCACGCGGUCCUCAACAAGGCAAGGCAAGCUGCCAACCGGAUUUACAACAGUUAGAGAUGUCCUCGAGGGCAAGAUCAGUGCAGGAUCUAGAAUCGAUUUAAUUGGGAUUCUAACAGACUUUCGAGCUCCAAUUCCUACGAGAGGAGCGGAUUGGAAAUGUCAGAUGCGUAUCUAUGAUCAGUCAGUCGAAGACGAGUGUGAUGAAUCUAUUCUUCUCAACAUUUUCUGGCCACAAAACGAUAUGCCGGAUGCUAGCUGCGGUGACGUGAUCAUCGUAUUUUCAGCCAGAGUUCAACGCUAUGAGGCUUCAAUUUCACUAUGCACCCACAAGACUACUGAUUUACACAUAUACGAGUCUAUUAAAAUACCUAAAUCUCGCGCAGAUGCCUCCAAGGCCCGUCGGCCAUCAAACAGAACCAAGAUCAAUCGUCAACCAAACAAGAUUGAGAAUGAGUUCGUCAGCGUCCUAUAUAACACUAUCAACAAAGAGAAAGUCCCUUCACAGUCUAAGUUCGACGACAUGAAAAGAAUUUCGAUCAACUUGAACAAGAAAUUUUCUGAGCUAAAAGACUUGCAGGAAAAAAGCUUUGUUGACACAGUGGUGCAAAUCGUUAGGGAGCCGUACGAUUUGGGUGACAAAUUCACCUUGUGGGUUUCGGAUUACACGGAAAAUCAGUUAUUCUACCAUUACAAGUUUAUGGAGGGUGGCUUUUUCGAGGGACGAGACGACUGGCCGAAUGAUUGCAUUAACAAAUCUUCUGGCUCUUCACAGAAGUCUGAGUGGAUAGGCCCAUUUGGGAAGAUGAGCAUGCAAAUCACAUGUUUUGGGUCACACGCGAGAGCAAUCCGAGAUCAACACAUUUCAAUAGGCACCUGGGUCUCUUUGCGCAAUUUGCAAAUCAAACUAGGCCACAAUGCAGCCAAUUUGGAAGGUUACCUCAGAGAUGAACGAGGAUUCAAGGGAAACAAGAUCAAUAUAUCGAAGCUAGACCACCUUGACAGCGAUACGCUGAGCCCAGAGCUCAAAAAUGCCCUGAGGCGAAAGCGGGAUUACGAAAAGAGAAAGAAGGAAGCUCUCAAAGAUCUUAGUGAAGCCGCCAACGCAGGACUGAAACGCAAGGCACAGCUCGGCUUGAGUUCAGAAAAGCCCCGUAGAAAUUCAAAACAGAAGAGGGCGGAAAAUCGACAGUCUAAACAACUAGGAUACAAUCAACAAAACGGCCAGGCAGACGAUGCUCUGCCGCCUGACAAUAUACAUGUCCCAGAAGACCUCAACAGACAAAUAAAGUGCGAAAACGAACGUAAGGCAGUUACAUCCAUCGCGGACAUCCUAGCACCCACAUAUUAUGAAACCACAAUACAAGGAGACACCAUCAAGCUCCAACUGCCGUUCAUAAAUUCCAAUUAUCGCACAUACGCCCGUGUAACCGACUUCAUGCCCCCCUGCCUCGAAGACUUUGCGCAUCGUAAAAGGAGAACAUCCGAAUAUGCUGGUCUCUCGGACAACGAAGAAUCGGACCCCGAGUCAGCUUCAGACUCGGACAACGAUGCACAUCCGCUCUCAGCGCUCACCAAUGUCGUUACAGGAUGGGAAUGGCGCUUCUGGUUGAAACUAGAAGAUGCGCAGUGCAAAGAAAGCUCCAAGGGCUCUAAGGACUCCAAGGACUCCAAGGACUCCAUCUGGGUGGUGGUCAAUAACCAAUCCGCCCAGAUGCUCCUGGGCCUAGAUGCAUCUGAUUUGAGAAACGACGAAAAAAGCCUCGGUGAUUUACGACAAAGGCUGUGGUUGCUAUGGGGAAACUUGGAAGAGCAAAAAGCCGAAAUGGAAAACCGAGUAUUAAAAGCAAGACGUUCGAGUAAUAGCAGUGCCCCGCCAGCGCACUCCGAUGAUGAAGAAUCCGGCACAAAAAAACCUGCACGGAUAGAAGUUUCUAAUCGUGCCUUUGGAUGUUGUAUUCACCAAUAUGGUGUGACAGUUGCGGAAGAUGAUGAAACAAAGGCCGAUGCUGGGAACGGCAAGCGUUGGGAAAGAAUAUUUGGUCUGUUUGGGACUAGAAUAACUGGCUUCAGACAUUGA